UGGAGCUUGCUGUCGUUAUUGACUUUGAAACAAGUCUCAGGUGUCCCCUCGAAUGGACUUUUAGGUGGGACGAUUUACAAAUUGUUUUGCAGACCAAUUCCUCGUCAUCCCUUGUGGGACCUUCAAUCAUCCUUGUUCUGAACAUGGCGAUGGGCUUCUCCCCAGAGCAGGUGGCCUGUGUUUGUGAGGUUCUUCUCCAGAGUGGAAGCAUGGAUCGCUUGUCCUCGUUCUUAUGCUCCUUCCCUUCCAAUUCCUCGUCAUCCAGUGUGUAUUUGGGAAUGGCUCAGAGUCAAGAGAGUGUGCUGAAAGCGCGGGCUGCGGUCGCCUUCCACCACUGUCGUUUUGCUGAGCUCUACAGCUUGUUAGAGGAGAACGUGUUCUCCCCACGCAGUCACCCUCUCCUCCAGCAGCUCUGGCUCCGGGCUCACUACAUGGAGGCUGAAUUGCAGAGGGGCCGCCCUCUUGGGGCCGUGGGGAAGUACCGCAUCCGCCGCAAGUUCCCUCUUCCUCGUACCAUCUGGGAUGGAGAAGAGACCAGCUACUGCUUCAAGGAAAAAUCUCGCAGUGUAUUGAGAGAAUGGUACUGCAGAAAGCCAUACCCCUCGCCACGAGAGAAACGAGAUUUGGCUGCAGCCACGGGACUCACUGCUACACAAGUCAGCAACUGGUUCAAGAACCGACGACAGCGGGACAGAGCUGCGACCAGCCGCCAAGGCAGAACCUCAGCAGGAGCGUUUCUGAGCUCUGAUGAGGAGCUCUCACCGCCAGCGAGUCCCAGCACACUCUUCUCCUGCUCCCAGCAGCUCUCUGCUCACCCGCCCCCUCUCCGCCACCUGGGACCAGCACACUACUGAAAUCAAUGCAAUAGAAUGCAGGUCAAAAAAAAAAAAAAGUUUUGUAAUUUAGAUUAUUCCAUCUACCUGGAAAGACAACAUCAUUGAAAUAAGUGUCUUUGUAAGUCACAGCUGUCUCUGUGUGAGCUCCAGACUCUGUAAGCAGCAUAAA